AUGGCAGUGGCGACCGUUGGGCAAGUACCAAGUACAUUUACAAUUGAGCCAUUCAAUUCUACAGUUACAAAUCUAUCUCGAUGGCUUUUGAGGCUCGAAGCAGCUUUUCGAAUUUUCUCGAUUAAAGAUGAAUCGAGAGUUCCGUACCUUUUCCAUUAUGUAGGACCUACACCUUUCGAUGUCCUAUGCGAUCGAUUAGCGCCACUAAGCCCGUUCGAAACUACUUACGAUACAUUGAUCACGACCUUGAAAGAAUUUUACGAUCCACCACCGCUCGAGAUAGCGGAAAACUUUAAAUUCUACCAACGCAAGCAGAAGGAUGGCGAAUCUAUUCAAGAAUUCCUGGCUGCUCUGCAAAAAUUAAGCAUACACUGCAAAUUUGGGGACUAUCUUAAAACAGCACUCCGGAAUCAACUGGUCUUCGGAGUAGCGACAAAAAGAAUUCAAGCACGCCUACUGGAAAUCCCGGAUCUUACGUUAGAAAAAGCAACGCAAGUGGCUGCGACUAUGGAGAUGUCGGAGAAAGAAGCACAGGAGCUACAAGGCGAGAUGGAAGUCGGACUUAUACAUUCGGCAAAGCGAUCUACACGGCGUACAAAUAAUCCAGAUAAGUUAAAUAAACCAAACUCGACUUACAGUAGCAAUGUUCGUAAAUCCAAUAACAAAUCAAAUUUUGUAAAGCAUAAAAAAGAUACAUAUUCUUCGUCUAAUACAAUUACAUGCUAUAGGUGUGGCGAUAACCAUUUAGCAACUAAGUGUACACUCAACAAAAAUGUCAAAUGCAACGCUUGUGGCCGGGCUGGUCACCUCCAAAAAGUCUGCUUUCAACGUAAGCGUGAAGCUAAUGCAGUGUCGGAAAUCUUACAAGUGGAACACGUACAAUUCCGAGACAAAAUCUCUACGACACUGGCAGUCAACGACAAAGAAGUCAAGUUUGAAAUCGAUAGCGGCGCAGCAGUAUCUUUGAUGUCAGAAAGCCUUGCACUGAUACACCAAUAGUAGAUAAUACUCCUGCUAUUGGAAUUGAAAACCCAGUACAACAGGUUCCACCAGAGGAGCCAGAGCGGGCACAAGGGUUGCAUCAACAAAUUGUACCUGAGGAAGCGCCGGCUCCUCAGAAUUCACCGAUACCUCAAGCAAGUCCUUCGGAAAGUGCCGCAGAAUCUAUUGUGGCAACACCAAGACGGACAAUGAGACCACGCAGGCCGCGAAACUUGUCAAAGCAUUUUAAGGACUACGAAGUCCAAUUUAGAUAAACUUACAAUAUGAUUAAUGCUCUUGUUGUUAUACUAGUACAUGCGAGUACGUUUAUGCUGCGUUAUUUUGUGUUAUUCUGUCUCUCUUCUUGCAAGGUUCAAAUCAAGUUUCUUUUGUUAGCAAGGAGAGUGUUAUAUGCGUUUUGUAAUUGCCGCGUUGCUGCAAAACGUCUGAGUCAUUCGAAUCCUGGCGGAGCAGAACUCAGACGUAUGGAAUAGAGAGUGGGGGAACGAGCUCCGAUCCGUAACUGGAGCACAUCACUCGGGGAGAAGGAUACGGCACUCCGAACCGCACACACGUGUCUCUAACCGACUAACGAUAUUAAGAAUAUAUACUCUUUGUUAUAUCAAGAA